AUGCAGUGGAUCAACCUCCUCCCUCUCGCCAUCCUCCUCAAUCCCUCCUCCGUCUUUGCUCUCAGCGCCGCCCGCAUCUGGACCAACUUCUACCCCUCCUGUCCGGCCGACCACGACGACGGCGGUUCCACGCUGCACCUGAAUGAACAGUUCACAACCGCCGUCGACAUCAAAGCCAACGUCUGCCAGGAGAUCCCCGUGCCGCUCUCGUUCGCUGCAGAAGUGGACCACGUCUCUAUCGACGCUGACCUGUUCUGGAGAGAUCCCUUGGAUCAAUGCAGGAUCAAGGUCCACGAGCUCGCGGGAUGUGGUCAGGCGCCUCUGAUAGAUGAGGAGCUGAAACAUGGCCAGACUGUUAGCAGCUGCCGCGCGAGACAGUUCGCUUUCACCCAGAUCUGGUUGGAGCUGACGUGCACGAAUAUAUGGGGAGUCCGAGCUCCAGUCCCCUUGGAAACCGUCGCUCACGGCCCAAAUGUCCCCGGGAACUCUACCGUGCCUCAUAACGGUACUGUGACCUCGAAGAGGAUGCUGCUGAGUCGUCGCGCCUGGCGCCCGAUUCUGUAA